CGCUCUCCUCGGCCAGUGGCAGCGACUCUCCUCGGGCUGGGUGUGCGGAGGGAGGAGCUUCCUUUAAGGUUUUGCCAGGCAAUGCAACAUGUAACUAAAAGCAGGCUAGUUAUAGUUGUGAAGAGGAAGAAGUGGACAUUGGAUCACAGUGAGUUUACCUGCUGCUGCUUGUCCUCCUCAUGCUGCUGACGGGACUUUCGCUCACAUGACUCCGCGGAGGAAGUUGUUGCUCGAACCAGCCGGUGUGUCAGUGCGAGGAGCCCGGGGGAGCAGGUGGACUGGACGGGGGAGCGAUGCUGCAGCUGACGCGUCGGUUCGACCUGCACCGGGAUGUGGAGCUCGAUCUCCGCAGGAAGGAGGCGUCUGUCUGCCGGGUGACAGAAUACUCUGACGCAGUGGAUCCUUGCAUCCUGAACAUUGAGAGUGAUGGAGGCAUCCUUUACUCUUGGAAGGGAUCAACGGGGACCACCAGGAUUGGGAAGUACGACUCUGACACUAAACAGAACAAGCUCCUCUACUCAUUUGACAAGCAGGUGUGUGUCAGCAGCUGUUCCGUGAACAAGGAGGAGACGCUGCUAGCUGUCAGCUUGGCACAGAAUACCAGAGGAGAAGAGCGCCUCAGACCAAUAUCCAAGUGUCUCACACUCCUGAUUGAGAUCCAUCCCAUCAACAACACUAAGGUCCUCAAGGCAGUGGACUGCAGGGUCAAAGUUCAGUUCCUCCACCAGGACGCCAGCAGGAGAUCAGUGCCGGAGAGUCACCUGCUGCUGCUGACGGAGGAUGGAUAUGUUGAGCUGUACCACAUUCUGCUGACCAAACAGGAGGGUUACAGAGUGGUGAUGGCGAAUCCGGAUCGUCUGGUCAGAACGGCGGAGAGGAUAGUGGAGGACUUAAUUUGGGUCCAGUGGGACGGACACACACAAAGACUCUACUAUCUCACACACAAGGACAAGUUCCUGCUGCGAUGUGUUCAAUUCUACCCCAACCAUAACUGUGAAACUGUGAUGGAGCUCCCAUUAGAGUUGCCUGCUAAUCCUUUCCCCACAGUCAAGUUUGUAGGCCUGGGCUUCGACCACUAUCACACAGAGAGACCAGAACAGGAGCUCGUUAGCAUGGAGGUGUUCACAAACAGAAUAGGAAGCAUGUGUGUGUGCUACAGCCAGCCUCAAACAGACAAACAGGAGCUGAUGUACACGGUGGUUUUAGUUCACAAAGACUGCAGCAAGACGUUCAGAGUAUCUCUGAGCGGCGAGCAGGAAGCCACGAGGCUCCAUCCUCUAAUCAUCCCCAUGGGUUACUACAUGCUGGUGUAUCUGCAGGAUCAUUUCCUCCACUGUAUCAACACCCGGCAGGAGGAGAUGCUCUGUCACUCGCUCUUCCUCUCUGGUCACGAUGCUGACCUGGGCCUGCAGUGUCAGUCAGCUGACAUCACAGUGUUGCACACAGAGGAGGAGCCGUGUGGGAGUCUGCUGGAUGUGGCCAGUGGGAGGAUCUACAGUGCUGAGCUCAGCCCCGCCUACCUGCUGCAGAUCCUGCGAUCACAUGCGUCUUCCAGGUGUCCCAGCAGUCGGGCUCCCCCCCAGCACCUGGCCGCCCUCCACUGCCUGCUGGUUUACAUGGGAAACGACCCAAACCUGGAGCUGAAGAUUAUCGAAUGGCUGUGUGACCACAUAAAUGCCUUUGAAUCCUUUGACCAGAUCCAGGAGUUCAUUCUAGCCUCCCUGUACAGAAUAAGCUAUGAGAAGUCUCUUAGCCUGGAUAAAGUCCUGCCAUACUCCUCUGUAUUCGACAAGAAGGAGGUGCCAGUGUGUCUGCUGGAGAUCCCUGGUGUUGUGUGUGCCACUGAGCUGCAUAUUGAGUCUGUCAUAAAAGGGAAGGGUUUCUGGACCGAGCUGCAGUGGAACACGGAGAGGACAAAAUAUCUUGACGCUGUUCCCAACACCAGAUACAGAGCCUCACACAUACAGGCCGACUGGGAUAAACUGAGGUUCGAGAGGAGACCAUCCAGCCACAUGAGUCACAUCGAGGAGAACACAAAGAAGGUUCUGUCCGUGGUGGAUACCUGGUGUCUCGAUAAGAAGCUGGUGCCCCUUUUCCAGGAGGAGGACCAUCAACAGAGGGUGCUCAUCGGCCUGACGGUUGACAAGCUUCGAGAGCAUCUCAACAGACACUUGCCUCGCCUGGGGAAGAAGAAGAUAGACUCGCUGGUUGUCUGCUACGUAGCCAAACUGCUGGAGCUCGUCAGACACAUGCUGGAGUCAGUCUGGCUGAAGUUCAAGCUCGGCCCUCGUGCUCUGUGCUUGAGGAAGCAGGGCAGUCCAGCCGAGUGGUCCGUGCUUCACUUCAUGUUUCGCAUCCUGGAAGCCACCAGGGGGCUCUGCCUGCCACUCCCACCUGGCUUCCACACCCUUGUGGCCGUGUUGGCCGUGCGUUGCCUCCCUCAUCACACGUUCCUGCAGUACAUCGAUCACGGCUUCCUGCAGCUCACCGAAACCUUUUUGUCUCGGCUCAUGACAGACCUUGACAACAGUGACGUCAACGAGAGACUCAAGCUCAGCAUUCUUAAGAGACUACCUGAGCCUAUGGAGCAGAGGAUCCACCAUAUGUGGGAUCAUCCCGUCAGUUCAGCCUCGAUCUCCAGAGAGUACGUCAGGACUCUGCUGGAGAAACGCAACAAAAACAAGGGAUUUGCAUUCACCGGCGGAGAUAAGCCCGGUCUCACACCCGAGUUUCUGCCUCUUACCUACCUGGCAAGAAUACUCACGGAUAUAGAGGAACAAGCUCUGAACCCGUUCGAGGAGCAGGAGAACGUGGACGCCAGCUUCGUGGAGGAAACGGCGCUGAAGCAGACUCUGAUACAGAUGGGCUUCGAGGAAAAGUGAAGAAGGCGGAGGUUGGGGAGGGAGGGGGGAGGGACAGCGGAUGGAUGGAUGGAUCUUGGGAGAAACAGAUGAGGGGGAAAAUGCGUUCGAGAGCACAGUCAUCAUCGACUGGGCCUCGAGGACAAGUAACAGAUGGGUGGCUGGUGGAGGGCCAGGAGUGAAGGAUGAACGGAGAGAUUGAAAGGCAGAGCGCUCGUAAACAAGCUCGGGCUGGUUGAUGACAAAUUAGGGCGGGGCGGAGGGGAUAGAUGGAUGGAGUGGGGGGGAAAUGGAGGAUGAAAAAACAGUCCUGGUGGUGCGUGAGGGACAGUAUGAACAGGACCAAAACCAUUAAAACACAAGGGAACACAGUCAAAUCUUCAGUCGAAAUAUUCAUUCAAAUUCAUAAAAACGCUGGCAGCUAUUUAUACGAACUCGAUAUCCGUGGCAGCGACUGUUCUCUCCAGUGAGUCGCACACUUCUCCACCGCGUCACACUCAAUUUAUGGACAUCAAUGUCAAAUCCUGCGCUCGGCGUUUAGAAAUCAUACACACUUGUUUGUCCUCCCGUGUUUCCUCUAACGCCUCCGCAGCCAAUCAACUUGAUUACACACCGACAAAAGCUUUGUGUCCCCGGUGCCUUGAUACGUCGCAUUAAAUCUGAGUUAAACGGAUUCUCUACAGGAAAUAAGUGAGAUUUAGUCGUUGUGUUACUUUUUAAUAUCGUGAACUGAAUGUACAAUCGAGCCUUAACUGCUAAUAUGAUGGUUAUUACUUUAUUCCAAAUGUAAAGGAUUUUCAAGUGUUGAUACUUUAACCAAAAAUAACAUUUAAUAUCAGGUAUAUGUGUGAGAUAUUAAGGGAAAUUCACACUUGUCGCUGGCUGUCAUAAGGACGAUAAGGGCUACGUGUAGUUUAGAAUGUUUGAUGCUAAUGCUCGUGCUAAUCCCCGUUUCAGUUCAGUACAACAGACCUUAUGUUAGAGAGAUGUUUAACUACUAUACGAUAACUUUCGCUGACGAAGAUCUUCCACAACUCGUUAAAUUCAGAUUUUAAAGUUAGACAUUUUAACUUUAAAAGAAGAGUCAACACUUUCUUUGUAAAAAAAAAAAUGCUAUAAAUUGGAUAAAAUAUAAAUGUGUUUAUAACAAAAUACAGCAUUUCGUACACAAGCAACUGUACAAAGUUUAUCUUAUGGGAUUAUUUUACCUUUAGAGGAUAAAGUGACACGUUUUUACUCUUACAAAUAAAAAGUUGAGCCGCUGUGGAAGUGCUACAUGCUCUGAUACAACCUGUGGCUAACGUUAGCAAACUCAAGCUUGAUGUUGCUCUAUGACGACGUCACAAUGCUAAAUCAACCAGAAAAUGAUCUGCAAACCACGGAAUCAAACAAAAAUAGAGUUCACUCACCACGCACACACGCCCGCUCAGACAUCUGGUUCGUAUUGCGCAAACUUGUGCCAUAGAUCACGACUCAGCUCUAACUGUAAGUGGAGACAUUCCUGGGAUGGAGCGGUAAUGUACUUGUGUGGGAUGUGUUCGAAGUGUGUGUGUGUUUGUGCGGUUGCCCUGCACCCCCACACAAGAGUAAAUACCAGACAUUUCUUCGAUCUCAUGUCAUGCUUUCAUUUGAGAAAUUACAUAACAAUCCUCUCGGGGGGGAAAACCUCAUGUUUCUUAUGUUUACACAAAAAGAAACGUUUUGUACGAUGAAAUGUGAAUAAAUAGAUUUUUUUUUCUCAAA